UAAGGAUCCUCCAAUAGUUGCUACCACUUAUUUACAAAACAAUUGAAGUAUGGCGAACGAUCGAACAUCGGUGGAAGGUCAGAUAGGGUUGAUUGCUGUCAUCAUACUUGCAGUUGUCAAUGUCCUGUUCGGUGUCAUUGGUAUCAUUGGCAAUGCAGUCACUUGCUUGGCUGUGUGGAAAAACCCUCUUCUGCAAGCAGGAGUCAACUUCUGCAUCGUCAGUCUUUCUGUAGCAGAUCUUCUGGUCUGUGUCUUCACUCAGCCUAUUUAUGUCCUCAGUUUGAUUGGUUUUACCAGCAAGCACUUUAUGGUCUUCUACUAUAUUGUUACUUCAACAUCGCUCUAUGCAUCGCUCAAUAAUCUUCUCUUAAUGACCGCAAAUCGAGUAGUUGCCAUCUUCUAUCCAUUGAGAUACAAGUCCAUUAUGUCCAAGAGGAAUGUCCUGUUUUGUAUCGGUUUCAUCUGGGUCCUGUCAAUAAUCGAAGGUGUGCUGCGAACAUUGACUAUUUUCAAACAGUUCACCCCUCAUAUCAGGAUCUGUGCCGUUUUACUGUUUAUUUCCAUGUAUGCCAAAAUCUUCCACGUGUCUCAAAAGCAACGAAAAAUGAUCGUUCGCCAAGCCAAGUCACUAACUUAUAAUUAUAAACUUGCAACGAUCGAUUUCGAGAACAGAGCGUCUAAGACAGCCUCCAUCAUCGUUAGUUCCUUCGUUAUCAGCUUCUUGCCGAUAACGCUGUUACUAAUGAUCGAUUCAUCCAACAAACUUGCAGUUGAAAUUUGUUUCACUAUAAUGUGCUGUUCCUCGGCAAUAAACCCUGUGGUCUACGCCUGGAGAAAUCAAAGAUUCAGAUCUGAGGCAGUUAACCUUUUUCGCCCUCGUAGUAGGAGAGUCGCUCCUUUGAGCAGCUUGUCUCAGCUUAACAGCCAGGAUAUCACUUCACGGGGGUUGGAUCCGAACGCUCUCAAUAAGACAUUCGACAACAUAGCCGUAUUUACAAGCUAUAGGGCACUGUGA